AUGUCUUCUAAACCAACCAAAUCUAGCUGCUGCGCGGCCGAUCCUUGUACCAGAACCUCUGGUAAGGAUCUUCUCACUUGGAAGGAUCCUGUUGCUUCUGCUGAGAUCUUUGUUGCUUCUACAAGCUUGCUUUUGAUCUAUAAGUACACUGAUUUCGUCAGCUGGACCUUCUAUUUAACCACUUUGCUUCUUUCCUUUACUGCUUUGGCCGAAUAUUCAGGUAAAUUGCUCACUGGUGAAGGCUUGGUUACUAAAUUUAAGCCUGCUCAAUCUACCUCAAUCGGUGAUUUCUUACAGGCACAUGCCUCUAUUUUGGCUUCUGCCUUUAAGGAUUUGGAAAUCAAGAUACAAAACUUGUUUACAGCCGUCAAUAUUGAAACCACUUUGAAAGCUGCUCUUGCUUCCUAUUUCUUGUACUUUUUGACUUCUUUGUUGAGCGUUUGGACCAUUCUUUUCGCUUCCACUGUCUCGGCUUUCUCUGUGCCUCCUAUUUAUCUUGCCAACAAGGAUACUAUCGAUUCCUCCAUUAAGGAAUGUUCUGAAUUGGCCAAGGAAAAAUCCGCUAAUGCUUAUAAAAGUGUCAAAGCUCAGGCUGAACCUACUUUGAAGAAAGUUCAACAUGCUAUUUCUCCCGUCACUGAUUACGUCAAGAGCAAAAUUCCUGUGAGAACUGCAGGAUCUACUGUCAAAACUACUAUUGACGAAAUCCCGGUCGCCAAGCCUCCAAAGGCUACAGAGGUGAGCGAGGAGGUCCCAGCAGCUCAUGUCGCAUCGGCUGCUGACAUCAAAUCCGCUUCUACCUCCGAGAAAGAACCCCUACUUAACUAA